GCCUGCCUGGACGCAUUACUAGGGCGACGGGCCGGACGCCUCCCCGCUCCGGGAUGAAUUAGCGGCGGGUUCUGCCCGGAGGUUGUGACCCCCAAGGAUUCUCCAGGCCGCCCACGCGCCCCAGCGGCGUCGCGUGUGGUCCCCUGCUGGUCACAGGUGGGAGGCUGGAAGUGUCAGAAUCAUGGUGUCAUGGAAAGGGAUUUACUUUAUACUCACACUGUUUUGGGGAAGCUUUUUUGGAAGCAUUUUCAUGCUGGGUCCCUUUUUACCUUUGAUGUUUAUAAACCCAUCUUGGUAUCGCUGGAUCAACAACCGCCUUGUGGCAACCUGGCUCACACUUCCAGUGGCAUUGCUGGAGACCAUGUUUGGUGUAAAAGUGGUCAUAACAGGUGAUGCAUUUGUUCCUGGAGAAAGGAGUGUCAUUAUCAUGAAUCAUCGGACAAGAAUGGACUGGAUGUUCCUGUGGAAUUGUCUGAUGAGAUACAGCUACCUCAGAGUGGAGAAAAUUUGCCUCAAAGCCAGUCUCAAAAGUGUUCCUGGAUUCGGUUGGGCCAUGCAGGCUGCUGCCUAUAUCUUCAUUCAUAGGAAAUGGAAGGAUGACAAGAGCCAUUUUGAAAACGUGAUUGAUUAUUUUUGUGAUAUCCGUGAACCACUUCAACUCCUCAUAUUCCCAGAAGGGACCGAUCUCACAGAAAACAGCAAGGCUCGAAGUAAUGAUUUUGCUGAAAAAAAUGGACUUAAGAAAUAUGAAUAUGUCUUACAUCCAAGAACUACAGGCUUUACUUUCGUAGUAGACCGUCUAAGAGAAGGUAAGAACCUUGAUGCUGUCCAUGACAUCACGGUGGCAUACCCUCACAACAUUCCUCAGACAGAGAGGCACCUCCUCUGUGGGAACUUCCCCAAGGAGAUACACUUCCACGUCCACCGGUAUCCAAUAGACACCCUCCCCACAUCCAAGGAGGACCUCCAGCUCUGGUGCCACAAGCGGUGGGAGGAAAAAGAAGAGAGGCUGCGCUCCUUCUACCAAGGGGAGAAGAAUUUUUACUUUACUGGACAGACUGUAAUUCCACCUUGCAAGUCUGAGCUCAGGGUCCUUGUGGUCAAGUUUCUCUCAAUACUAUAUUGGACCCUGUUCAGCCCUGCAAUGUGCCUCCUCAUAUAUUUGUACAGUCUUGUUCGGUGGUAUUUUAUAAUCACCAUUGUCAUCUUCGUGCUGCAAGAGAGGAUAUUUGGUGGACUGGAGAUCAUCGAACUUGCAUGUUACCGUUUGUUGCACAAACAGCCACAUUUAAAUGCAAAGAAAAAUGAGUAAGAUUGUAAGGUUCACAGUGUAGAAACCUAGGGGAUAUUUUGGAAAUGUUCUAAGCCUUUGUAAACUGAGAUGCAUUUUUUGCAUGACUGUCAAAUAUUUCUUACUAUCAUCGUUAUUUGUUAAAGAUAUUUUGCACUUAGUUUUGUGGAAAAAUAUUGCUACACACACAAAUUUUUUUUUUAAAUCUCUGAAUGUAAUUUCAAUAUGCGUAGCAGGGAGCAAUUGCUGUGAAAUAACUCAGGCCAGAGGAUUAUUAAACAAUCAUCAGGCUGUUCACAGACAAGGUACACACAAGAUUUUCUUACAGGCCCAAUUCUAUUUCCUAACGAACUCCCCAGACAAGAAGCGCAUGUGGGGCUCGUGAGCGCUGGCCCAGAUCAGGUGCUGGCACUUGACUCUGAGGUGAGGGCCCUCCCUUCUGGCCCCGUCCCUCAGCUGUGUCCCCGCGCUCCUUUCUGUGCCAAACCAUUACAUCCUUAAGACCAGAAAACCGAAGCCCCUUGUCCUUGCACUGACCAAACAUUUUGAUAGAAGCCCUUCAUUAUUCAUAAAAUCUCAGCAUUUAGCCUCACACCGAUAUAGACGUCAGAAGACCACCUGUGCCGUUUUUUCACGUGGAAAAUAAGACCUGACCGUGUCUCAGGGAGCAACCACAGGCUCUCCACUUAGAAACCUUAAUUUGAAUUUUUAGAUAGGAAUUAAUACAGUUUAGUCCCUCGCUUCCACGUAAUCUUGGUUUAUUACAGCUUGUUGGCAAGGGUAGCUUUGGUGUGUUAAAAAUGAUACACAUCAAGUCACUUUUUUAAAGGAAAGCAUAGAAGAAUGUUCUGUUAUUGCAGUCAGAAACUCUCUUUUGAAGUUAUAUCUUCUGAAAUAUUUCUUUAAAACCUGCCCAAAAAAGGAAGGUUAUUGUAUUUUCUCCAAGCGCAUGGGUAUCUAACUUCUGCCAUUAAAAUGACAGCAGCAACCUCUGCAGACAGGGUAGCAAUGGUUUAUCCCAAAUUAUUCAACCCUGUAGCCUUGACAGAUUUUACUCUUAAAACCAAAUGAUAACACAAAAAUGACUCUUUUUUAAUGAUAGCAAGGGAUCUCUCUCUUUUUUAGUCCCAGCCUUCCUCUUUCAGUAGUGAAAUUUAAACCCACUUUUGACCAAUUGUUCAUGUAAAUAUUCCUGUCAUUUGGUGUCAAUGGAAAAUCUAGCAAACCAACAGCUCCAGUCUCCUUGUGAGGCAAAAGAACUGUGUGGUCAUUGUUUCCACUCUGCUGGAGCUGUGCACUGCUUUUUUUGUCAUGUAAUGGGGAUGCUGGUCAGAGCAGCAGAAAAUAUGAGGCAAUUAAAAGUCUUUAGCUGUUAGCAAACCUGUCAGCUUUACUCUUGCCUUGAACCAGCCUCAAAAGCUGUUUAUUGCUUUAUAGGCUCGUUUGGCAUGAAUGCCUUCUCCUUAAUUACAUCGCAGUUUUGCUCGACAGUGACUUUUACCCAAUAAUUGAAACAUGCAUUGCCAUGAAAGGUAAGCACAUCAUGAACUGAACUCGCCGAGCAGAUGCUUUCGGAAAGUACUGGUUGUGGCAGAACACUGUUGACACAUCACUUUUAUUGGAAGAGUACUAACUAGCGCCUCUACUGAAAUGCACCAACUAUAUUUAACUGCUCCGUCGAGGUGGCUUUGAAUCUUGCCAGGAGCUACUAAUUAGUUAUUAUGCACAUCUGCUCCAGACCCAGCUCUUUAGCUUCGUGGUUUUUAAGGGUUUUUUUUUAACCUUUUUUUCCUUAAUAAAAGAGGCUUCUAAUUUAGGUUUCUCUCAGACUUCCUUUGGUUAUAUUUGGAAACACGGAAAUAGUUUAACAAUCAGGAUUGCAUUUGUCCUGGGUAAAAGAGAAAAGCUGUGUUUCCACCCCACAGGUUUUUAUAGUGCGGCCCCUCUGCCCUUUCUCCAGCUUCUUCUGGCUCCUUGUUCAAACUCUAACUUCCAUUUAAUGGCAUAUCCUCUUUAACUCUCUGAAACCUGUAAAAGGGGAAGUCUCUUUUCUUUUUUAAAAAAAUGUUUUCUUUUGAUCAUAAAAAACGUGUUUAAGACAAAAUGCAAACUUUUUUUACUUCCCAAAAUUCCUAAGCACUAAAACUGAAGAAUAUAGACAUUGUACUUGCCUUAAGAAUUAGGAAUAACUUCAAAAAGAAGUUUUUUGGAUUUUUUGCAAUAAGGGUUCUUUUAAAAUUGUAAUUAUUUGUGUUUUCCUAUGCAUUUAUCUUUUCUCUUAUUUAAAAAAAUUUUGAAGAAAUAUGCAUGAUUUGAAACUUAGAGCUGUCUAAAAUUGGUCACAAAAUGUCAAGUAGGAAUUUCGCUUCGGCAUUGUGCUUGGAGUCAGGAAUGACCCCCUCCCCACCAUCCCGUUUCAUCACUCUGCACUCAGCAGCUGCUUGUCUCGCUGCAUCUUCUUGCUCAACACCCUCACAGUCCUUGGAAGGUCAACUCAAUGGACUUCCAAAUGUUUACAGUGCUGUAUGUCCAAUUGUUAAAUCUUUACCAUUCGGAAACACUUGAAUUAAAGCAAGUGUGGUUUAUAUGGGACAUGAACCUUCAUACUUAUAAUAUAUAUCUCCAAGGAAAGCGCUGACUAGGUCACAGCUGCUUCCACCAGACGUCCUUGAUGAAAGGAGCCAACGCAAUUGUGAAGUUCACUGGGAGAACAUGGUCAAAGACUAAGAGAAAAAUAAAUUGUUAGAGCCCAUAAUUUCAAACUCCUAAUAAAAUCCUUGCUUGUUUAGUAUACUAUUACAACGCAGAUUAGGGGAAUAUAGCUUCCACUUGAGUCACUUUGAAAUCAGUUACUUCCACAGUUCCGUGUCGGAAAUUGUACAUGGUAGCCGAGGGUGAAUUCUGCAGAGAGGAAGACAUUCCCAUCUCACCUGGACUCACCCGACCACGAUGCCCUUGUGCACUUUUAUAAUAGAGAUUCUAAUGGAGGGAGCCUGUUGGUGUUAAAUUGUUUACACUUUAUAAAAAUAACGUGUUUUCAGUGCCUUAGUUACGAUUCCCUUUCUUUUUCUUGUUCCAAGAAUUCUGCAAUGUGUUUCUUAGGGAAAAUUCUCUUUUUGCUACUCAUUGGGAGGAAAUUGGUUUAUAAACACUGGUCACUGUGGUGAACACUGCUUUGUGAUGGCACCUGGAGAAGAGGGCUUGACCCCGAGGGGGCGGUUGCCUUACAGCCGUUAUUUAUGCUGUAGAAACGAAAAUGGUCUUGUCUUGAUGAGCUUCAGAUCAGAUAUGGCUCUAAAGUUGUCUUGUACCUACUUUAAAUUCAGAAGAGAAUCUUGGUUUUGGUGAUUUAUUUUUUAAACGAUCAUUAUGUACAAAACCCAAGUUUUAAAAAUAACUCACAGAAUGGCCUUAGUUUUCAAUGUCCACUGUAUGUUUGUGAGUGGUGUUAUCUGUAAUAUACAUCCCCAAAUAAAGUGGAGUGAAUUAGAGUGUG